AUGGCAAAGAAAAAGAAAUCGGAUAAAGAUUUUCCAAAGGCAAAAUUGAAAGUCGGGAAGAAGCUGAAGAAAACAACUUCCACUGAUACGCGAAUCCAGGCCAAAAAGGUUGUGUUGGUGGAGCAACUGGCCGAGCAUGAGGAGAGCCAUCUGUCUCAUCGUGGCUUAUCGCUUGAUGAGCUCUGCCGUCGACUUGGCCAUUACAAUCUGAACAUGAGACGUGAUGCAGUUGUUGGUACACGGCAGUUGCUUACAGCAAACCCGGAGCUCGUGCCAAAACACUUGCACACUCUAGUGCCCGUGAUUGGCAGACUAAUAGCAUGUGAGGUGAGAUUUUUGAAGUAUUGGAAUAACAGUGGAAAUGUUAUGGGGAAUAUUUUGGAUUUUAGGUGGCCCGGAUUUUAG